GCAGCGCUGCGGAUAAUGGGCACGUCAUCCUAACGAGGUCUUUAUGAAUGGGGGCUUCUUUUGUUCCGGCUUCUCUCAGUCCUCACUAUAAAUGCCAGAGUCCCGCGAUCGCUCGCCAAUCAGCAGGUUGUGCAUCGUCGGAACCAAGUCGACACAGUUCCUUGAUUAGUUACCGGUAACACAACUCACUACAGAAACGGGGGAAAAAGAGAGAGAGACUACAUAAUAGGGGAAAGAAAAUCAGGUGACAAAACAGGAGUGACUCAAAAGCAGAGGCAGAGUGAGAGACGGCCUCCCUACUCGAACCGAGGUGAUAAAAUGAAUUCGGACUCUGAUUCGAGCAGAUCCUCCUCGCCGGACGUGGACGAGAUGUACGCCCGCAAAACUUUCGCGUCCUCGGGCCAGAACGAGUUCACAGCAAAGAUGGCCAGCGAGCACUUGUCACGAAGCGGCAUGGACAGGACAUCAGCGAGCGUCGGCAGUAAAUACAAGCUUAAGAAACAAGUCACCGAGGAGGAAAUGCAACAGCUGCGCCUGAAGAUCAAUGGGCGGGAGCGCAAACGCAUGCACGACCUGAACCUGGCCAUGGACGGCCUGCGAGAGGUCAUGCCGUACGCGCACGGGCCGUCAGUGCGGAAGUUGUCCAAGAUCGCCACGCUACUGCUGGCGCGGAACUACAUCCUAAUGCUAAAUAGCUCUCUGGACGAGAUGAAGAGGCUGGUGGGAGAGAUCUACGGUGGUGGCCAUCACGCAGCUUUCCAUUGCGGCGCCGCGGCGAGUCACGGGACCGCGCACGCGCCCGGCCCGGCAGCACCCACGAUGCACCACGCGCUUCUCGGAGGCGCUCUAGCACCGCCUACAUCCUCCGCCGCGCUGUCUGCCGCACUACCCGGGCUCAGCUCCAUUCGGGCGCCUCAAACCUUGAUGAAAACGCCACCGACGCCUCCACUCUCAGUUGGCACCGGUUUCCAGCACUGGGCAGGACUGCCGUGUCCCUGUGCCAUCUGCCAGGUGCCACCACCCGUCGCACACGUGCCCAUCACCUCCACGGGACUCACGAGACUUUCCGUCGACAAGGAGGCGAUGAAGUGACUAUAUUCAAAUGUCAUCAUGUAAAUUGUAUAUGGGCUGGACUCGAAGAAAAAAAAAUAACUUGCAUGAUGUGUAUCGUUUGUAUAUUUGUUAUUUUGUUGAUUUUAUUUUCACUAAAUCAGAAUUCACUCCUUGUAACAAGGAUCUGGUCAAAUGCGAUGUAAAUGAAUUGCUUGCGCGUACUUUAUCCACUGUAAAUAAUGUGAAGGCACCCGAAGAUCCACAUGUUUAAAUGUUAUCUGCGAUUUAUAACGUUGCUUUGUACGUGUUGAUCGUGAAUGUGGGAGGAAAUUUGGAUGCGCAUCUUUACGCAGAACUGCAGAAGGAAGUUUAUGAAGUGCCGUGUGUUCCUUGUAACAAGGAUUGUGCGACUGUGUGUCGAGUUUGAAAAAGUAUGUUUUUUUGUGUGUGUUUGUCUGUAUGUUUGAAGAUUUUAAUGUAUAAAGUGUAAAAUCAGUUGAACUCGGCGUAAAGUUUUGCUGUGCGCGUUCAUGUGUUUAAUAGGUUUAAUUUUUUUCCGCAUGCACGUCAGGUUAAAGCAGUUUCAUACCUACAGCAUGUUUUUUUGGUUGUUGUUUGUUUUUGUUUGUUUUGUUGUUUUUUGUUUGUUUUUUUAAUCAAAAAUCAAAUUUUGUGCUUCUUUUGUUUUGUUUUGCCAGAGACUACUGCCGUGUUUAUUUUUGUAAAUUCUUGAUGAGAAAUGAGAUAUUUAUUAAUGCCCAGUGAUCCUGGACAACAUUUCAAUAAAAACA